AUGUUCUUAAUCCACUCUGGUUUAGUUAAAUUUGAAAUUCGUGAGAAUAAUGAAGUUGUAACUGAUAUAAAUAAAAAAUUUAAAAUUAAAUCAAAAUAUGAUGAUGUUAAAAUCGAAGAUGAUUUUGUUUUACGUGAAUUUACAAUAGAACAAGGUCAAGAUGUAUCAUUCAUAUUAGCUUUAAAUAUUGUUGUUGAUGAAGUAGCUCAUAAUUAA